AUGGGAAAAUGGAACAAAUCCAAACUCUGGAAUGUGGCGAGUAAGGCCCUAAACAAUGCAAUACCACCAACACUCUGCCCAGAGUACACUGGCGCAGACGGCGUGACCUACGUCUACCGCACCCUCGAUUUCUGGACAUCCGGUUUCUUCCCCGGCUCGCUGUAUCUCCUCCUCGAACGGCAGACGCUCUACCCAGGUUUCUACGACAUACCAUGGCGUGUCAAUAAGAAAAGCCCACUACCUCAUAAGCUUCAGCUCCAGCACCUCUGUCAAUGGUGGACAGCCAAUCUACACGCCAACGCUGCGAAGCGCGAUACUCACGAUCUGGGAUUCAUGAUCGCACCAUGGGCCAUGAAAGCUUGGUCUUUGAAUCGAGAUCCACAGGCCUACAACAGUUUGGUUCUAGCUGCGCACUCUCUUGCUAGUCGGUUCGACGAGCGCGUUCAGUCAUUGCGUAGCUGGGACGUAUGUCAUACUAAGCGGUAUUCAUUUACCGAUCCGGAGAAGGAUUUCCUGGUGAUUAUUGAUAACAUGUUGAACCUCGACUUGUUGUUCUGGGUUGCGAAGGAGACGGGAAAUGCAAAGUUUCACGAUAUCGCAGUUGCGCAUGCGCGGACCACGGCCAAACAUCAUAUCAGAUCUGAUAACAGCACAGUCCAUGUCGUUAAUUAUGACACUGACACUGGCUUGCCCAAAUCAAAGUUCACGCAUCAGGGAUAUAGUGAUGAGAGCUGUUGGGCUCGUGGCCAGGCCUGGGGAAUACUGGGAUUUAUGCAGACCUUCGAGUGGACGGGGGAGAUGGAGUUCCUCACCACUGCACGAAGCUUGGCGGAUUAUUUUAUCCGUCGGUUACCCGAUGACGGGGUACCGUAUUGGGACUUUGAUGCUCCUGUGGACUCGUCUUGUCCGAGGGAUACCUCUGCGGGUAUGGUGGCGGGUUGUGGGAUGUUGUUGAUUUAUAAGGCGUUGAGAGGCGUGGAUGAGGAUGCUGCUGAAUUUUACUUAAAGUCUGCGGUGAGGAUAUUGGCAGGGACAAUGAACGGGUUUAUGACGCCUGGCGAUCUGAGGUUCGAAGUUGGGGAGUCUGAUACCGUGGUGCCGACGUAUCCUGACGAUCUGCCUGAACAUGAAAGGAGGCAAUCGGGAGCGCUUAGGGUUACGGAUUCUCGAUUGACGCAAAAUGGGAAUGGUACCUCCAAGAACACACCAGAGACUAUCAUCGAUGGUGCGACGAUAAAUAACUACGAGUUCGCUACUCGUCGCUGGGCAAACCAUGGUCUGGUCUACGCCGAUUAUUAUUUUAUGCUGAUGGGAAACAUGCUCUUAGAGCUAGGGCUGGUUAGUGGGACAAGAUUGUUGUAG